AUGGAGACCUCAGCGCAGCCGCAGCCUGCGGCGUCCAAGAUCCGGAACCUGCCCUGGGUUGAAAAAUACCGGCCACAGACACUGGGCGAUCUCAUUUCUCAUCAGGACAUUUUGAGUACCAUUCAGAAGUUUAUCAGUGAAGACCGACUGCCACACCUGCUUCUCUACGGUCCUCCGGGGACCGGAAAGACGUCCACCAUCCUGGCCUGUGCCAAACAGCUGUACAAAGAUAAAGAGUUCGGCUCCAUGGUCUUGGAGCUGAAUGCUUCGGACGACAGAGGAAUAGACAUCGUUCGGGGACCAAUCCUGAGCUUUGCUAGCACAAGGACAAUAUUUAAGAAAGGCUUCAAGCUGGUGAUCCUGGAUGAGGCGGAUGCUAUGACUCAGGACGCCCAGAACGCCCUGCGGAGAGUGAUCGAGAAAUUUACUGAAAAUACCAGAUUUUGCCUCAUCUGUAACUAUCUGUCAAAGAUCAUCCCCGCUCUGCAGUCGCGGUGUACAAGGUUCCGAUUCGGUCCCCUGACCCCUGAGCUCAUGGUCCCACGCCUGGAACACGUCAUAGAAGAGGAGAAAGUGGAUGUAAGUGAAGAUGGAAUGAAAGCACUUAUAACUCUCUCCAGCGGAGAUAUGCGACGGGCUCUGAACAUUUUGCAGAGCACCAGCAUGGCCUUUGGGAAGGUGACCGAGGAGACUGUCUACACCUGCACGGGGCACCCGCUCAAGUCAGACAUCGCCAACAUCCUGGACUGGAUGUUGAAUCAGGACUUCACCACGGCCUACAGAAAUAUCAUGGAGCUGAAGACUCUGAAGGGGCUGGCGUUACAUGACAUCCUGACGGAGAUACACUUGUUUGUGCACAGAGUUGACUUUCCAUCUUCAGUUCGAAUACACUUAUUGACCAAAAUGGCAGACAUUGAGUACAGACUGUCUGUGGGCACCAACGAGAAGAUCCAGCUGAGCUCCCUCAUUGCAGCUUUUCAGGUUACCAGAGACCUGAUUGUCUCCGAGGCCUAG